AUGGCCGUCAAGCCCAUCACCGGCAUGCUCCGCCGGGGCCUCAUCACCGAUCUCGGAAUUGCCCUCGGUCUCGGGCUCGUCUUUGGCAACGCCUUCUGGUACGGCUACCACGUGCCGCGGAGAGACGCCCGCGACAACUUCUACAAGAAGCUGGAGGAGCAGCGCGCCGCGAAGCUAGGAGCUUAA